AUGGUCAACAAGAUCCUGUUUUGGUCGGGCUUCGGCCUCGCUGUCCGCUUCUGGCAACUCGGUAUCGAAAUGCGCCCUUUCUUCGCGCGCGAGAACUGGGUCAUCUACCCGAUCUACGGCGGUCUGGGAGCAUCAUUCGGAUAUUGGCUACAAGGCAUCGAGCAGAGACAGAUGCGAUAUCUCUCAGAAACACGCGAACGCCUACUUGAGAAGCGGAGGAGACGCGCGGAGCGGGAAGGAGGUGUGAACAUUGGUGACCAGGCGCAGAGAAACGAGGAAGGCCUGUUCGCAACACCCAAGGACACGGCGGCAGCAUAG